AUGGCUGAAACUCGAUCUACAACCUACAUCAAUGAAUCCAUUGCAUCCUUACGUACUAUCACAGACCACCAUGCCCAUUCUCUUCAAGAAAUCACGCAGCAGUUGAAUGCCAUCAAUGUUGCAUUGCAGAAGUUAACAGAGGCUGAAGAUAAGAGACAACAACCAUCAUCUCCUAGUACACCAUCAUCCCAAGCUAUGUCUCUGCCAUUACAAAGUUUGGCUAAAAGUGUGAGACUUGAAUUUCCAAGAUUCAAAGGAGAUGAUCCAGUAACUUGGGUAUACAAGGCUAAUCAGUACUUCAAUUUCUAUCACACCCCACUGAGUGAGAGGCUUCUGAUAGCUUCUUUUCAUAUGGAUGGCCAAUUUGAAGCCCUCUCAAACAGAAUUAGGGAUUUGUCUGAAAGUCACAAAUUGAGCUGUUUUCUCAAUGGCCUUAGAGAUGAAAUUAGAUUGCCUGUAAAAAUGCUUAAUCCAAAAACUCUCAAUGAGGCUUUUGGUUUGGCUAAGAUUCAAGAGGAAUAUGUGAUGAGUAGCAAGAAAUUUCUAAAAUCAUCUUCACAAGAAGUGACUAAGCCUUCAAUUCUUGGACUAAGACUGGAGAUUAGGCUGGAUUCCAAGUUCAAGUUGCCUCUACAGAAGUUAUCACUAGCACAGAUGGAAGAGAGAAGGAAGAAAAGACUCUGCUUUAAUUGUGAUGAGAAAUUUCAACCUGGAUACCAUUGUAAGUCUGCUAAACUCUUUCUGUUGGAAGGUCUUUGUCCCUUUCAAGGGCCUAGCUCUAGUGUACAAUUGGUAGAGCUUAAUGAGGGUGAUAGUGCAUUGGCUUAUAAUUUUGAUGUGCCUCAUCUUGCAUCUGUGGAGUCUGAACAUAAUGUGCUUGAACCAAAGAUUACACUAUAUGCCCUUCUAGGUAGUCCUUCACUUGUUACCAUGAGAAUUAGGGGCACAAUUAAUGGUCAUUGGGUUGUCAUUUUGAUUGACACUGGCAGCACUCAUGAUUUUUUUGAUGCUGCCAUUCUUUCCAAAUUACAACUACAAUUAGACCCUACUGUUUCAUUUGAGGUUAAGGUGGCUAAUGGGGAAACAAUCAAGACUAAGGGUGUUUGUGUAGAUGUUAAGGUGGUUAUGCAAGGUCAUGUCUUCUUUUUGGAUUUGAAUGUUUUACCCUUAGGAGACUGUGAGUUGGUCUUAGGGACUCAAUGGCUAAGAUCUUUAGGUAUGAUAGAGUGGGAUUUUUUGGCAUUGUCAAUGCAAUUCAUGCAUCUUGGCAGACCUGUUACAUUGUUUGGGUUGCAUCCUACUAAUUCCACUCUCCAAGAAGGUGAUCACUUCUUUAGGAAGCCUGUCAGUAAGGGAAUUCUUUUGCAGAUAGUUUCUUUGGGUUCUGGUACACCUACUGGAUUGCCUCCUUCUAGAGGGUACCCACACUUUCAAAAAACUGAAAUUGAGAAGAUCAUUGCUGACUUGUUGGAAGCUGGUUUUAUUAGGCCUAGCCACAGUCCAUUCUCUUCUCCAGUUUUGUUGGUAAAGAAGUGCUACCAUUUUUUCCAAGUUGGAUCUGAGAUCAGGGUACCAUCAAAUUCGUAUGAGGGAGGAGGAUAUUUCGAAGACUGCCUUAGGACCCGUGAUAGGCAUUAUGAGUUCUUGGUUAUGUCAUUUGGUUUAACUAAUGCCCCAUCUACCUUUCAGUCCCUUAUGAAUGAUGUUUUUAGGCCUUAUUUGAGAAGGUUUGUGCUAGUAUUCUUUGAUGAUAUUCUUGUUUUCAGUCCUAUCUUGGAGCUUCACCUUCAGCAUCUUAGAUCAGUUUUGGAGUUGUUGCCGCAAUAUCAGUUGUAUGCUAAGAAGAGUAGAUAUGCAUUUGGGUGCUCAGAAGUGGAAUAUCUUAGGCAUAUCAUAUUUGGCCAGGGCGUGAGCACAGAUCCAAGGAAGAUUGCAGCAAUGGAGGCUUGGCCAAUUCCUACUUCUGUCAAGGCUUUGAAGGGGUUUUUGGGCUUGACUGGAUAUUAUAGGAAAUUUAUCAAGAACUAUAGACAGAUUGCAGCUCCCUUGACUGCUUUGCUUAGAAAGAAUGCCUUUAAUUGGUCUGUUGAAGCUGAAACAACUUUUAACCAAUUCAAAGCAACUGUAAGUAAACCUCUUGUCCUAGCUCUACCUGAUUUUAAUCAAACUUUCAUUAUUGAGUGUGAUGCAUCAGGUAGUGAUUUAGGGGCUAUUUUGAUGCGAAAUCAUAGGUCAAUUGCUUUUCAUAGUCAAGUUCUUAAGGGCAAAGCACUACAAUUGUCUACCUAUGAAAAAGAAUUUUUGGCACUAGUCACAGCAGUACAUAAAUGGAGACGUUAUCUCUUAAGCAGGCCCUUCAUUAUAAAAACUGACCAACAAAGUUUGAAAUACAUCCUAGAGCAGAGAAUUGCUACUCCUACCCAACAAAAAUGGAUAACUAAAUUGCUAGGGUAUUUGGUUGUGGUGGAGUAUAAGCAAGGGUGUGAGAACAAGGUAGUUGAUGCCUUGUCUAGGAGGUGUGAGGAUUCAGCUGUUUCUAACUCUACUAUGAGGUUGGAUACAAUAAUGGUGAUUGUGGAUAGGCUUACUAAAUAUGUCCAUUUCAUUGGAUUGUCUCAUCCUUUUUCUGCUGCUAAGGUGGCUGGCUUGUUUGCUCAAAAUUUCCUUAAAUUGCAUGAUAGGCUUACUGAGUGGUCGGAGUGGCUUUACUUAGCUAAGUAUUGGUUUAACACCAAUUAUCAUUCAACUACAAAAAUAACUCCAUAUGAGGCUGUGUAUGGAUUUCCCCCUCCUCGUUUGAUGGAUUACAUUCCUGGAACAACUCAAGUGGCACCUGUGGAUUCUCUCCUUCAAUCCAGGCAGCAGAUCUUAACCCUACUCAGACAAAACUUGGUAGAUGCCCAAGCUCGUAUGAAGCAACAAAGUGACCUUUACAGAUCUGAGAGAGCUUUCAAUGUUGGUGACUGGGUGUUGGAGAAAAUUGGAGAGGUUGCUUAUAGGCUGGACUUACCAUCUAAUGUUGCCAUACAUCCAGUAUUCCAUGUCUCUUGCUUGAAGGCUAAGCUUGGACACAAUCAUGUGGCUGUUGCCUUGCUUCCAUUAGUGAACUCUAAUGGCAUUCUUGCACCUGAACCAGUUGUUGUUCUAUAA